GUGUUGUCAUUUUAACUGUGUUGCCGUUGUCGUCGAUUGUGUUUGCGAUCGGCGGAUAUCGUCCGCCCAUCCGAUGCGUUUCCGGUCGUGCCGUAUAUCCUUACCGCGUCUCGCGUCGUUCGACGGUAGGCACGUCGUCUCACGCCCGUCCGGCGGCGUUCUAUAGUAGCCGAACGCUGAAAACCAUACGAAACGCCGACAUCGUCGGACUUGUUGUGAUUUUCCGUUUCGAUAUUUUCAAUAGGUAACAAUAUCAUUCCGUUAGCGUGUCUCUCCGACUCCUCCUCGCCCCCUAUCCACCCGUCUAUAAUCAUCUGCCGUUUGCGUCCUCUCCGGUCCGGUCAAUCGCGUAGUCUUAUCAACACGCCGAAACGCCGUCGUUUCCGUCGUUUGUUCUCGCUAGUUUUGUGUUUGCUCGUUUGCUCGUUUUCUAUUUUUUUUUCUUUCAUGUUCCGGUCAUUUCCGAUUAACAUUCACGACGCCUCGUGAUCGAAUCGAUUUUCGCUGCACUUAAAAGAAAAAUUUAAAGAACUUAAUAUACAUUUGAAACAAUAUCAAAUAAAAUGCGGGAAUACAAAAUAGUUGUCCUGGGUAGUGGUGGAGUUGGUAAAUCAGCAUUGACAGUGCAAUUUGUGCAAGGUAUAUUUGUUGAAAAGUAUGAUCCGACUAUAGAAGACAGUUAUCGUAAACAAGUUGAAGUUGAUGGACAACAAUGUAUGCUUGAAAUUCUUGAUACUGCUGGAACGGAACAAUUUACAGCAAUGAGAGAUUUGUAUAUGAAAAAUGGUCAAGGAUUUGUUCUUGUAUAUUCUAUUACAGCACAAUCAACAUUUAAUGACUUACAAGAUUUACGAGAACAAAUUUUAAGAGUAAAGGACACUGAUGAUGUCCCCAUGGUAUUAGUGGGAAACAAGUGUGAUUUAGAAGAAGAACGAGUAGUUGGUAAAGAACAUGGUGUGAAUCUUGCUCGUCAAUUCAAUUGUGCUUUUAUGGAAACAUCCGCUAAAGCUAAAAUUAAUGUCAUUGAUAUAUUCUAUGACUUAGUGAGACAGAUCAACAAAAAAAGUCCAGAGAAAAAACAGAAACAAAAAAAGAAGUCGCUAUGCGCUCUUCUUUAAAUAGCUUAAUAACAAUGAUUAAACAACAAUCAAUGCCAAGAAUCCACGUAGAAAAAAAGGAAUGUUUAACAAUGUGGUAAAAAUAUUGUUUUAUGAGUCAAUGCUAAAUUUGUUAUUGCUUACUAAUUUUUAUUUUAAAUGGCUAAAUCGACUUUUCCAAAUUGCUUUUGUACUUUUUUUUUUUUUUAAUUUAUAAGUACCUAAUUAUUAUUAUUAUUAUUAUUAUUAUUAUUUUAUUGUUCAUUAUUGGAUAUAGCCAAAAUUGUAAUAUUUUCUGAGGCCUGGAUUUUUGUAAAUACCAUUAAUUAUAAAACGUUUACACAAAUUAACAACAAUGUGUAAUUAGCCGUUUUUAUUUGUAAAUCUAAUGUGUCAAUAAUCCCUUAUUUUUCUAACUGCAUUUUUUAAAACAUAACCUUUUUUUUCUCUAUUUUUUAAAUAUUAUUAAAAAUAAAUAAAUAUUCUUAACAUAGUUUUCCAUAAAAGUGCCAAUAUUUAUAAUUAAAUAUAAAUUUCAUCUAUAAUUAAAAUCUGCUACGUAUAAUUUUUCAAUUUAAAAUUCAUAACGCAUCAAUUGUUUUGUGUUAAAAUAUUUACUCAUUAACAAAUGUUCCAUUUAUAAAAUUGUGAUUAUUUUGAAAAUUAUGCUGCCAAUAAUAACUGUUGUUUCUUGGUAAUUUAAAAAUCUGCACAUAAGUUUUAGAUUCACAAUACAUCAACCAUGACAUAAUAAUAAAUUCAUUGAAUUAUUCAUUAACUUUGGAGACACCAUAAACUUGAAAUUCCCAUGGCAUAAUACAUAACUUAAAAUAAUAUAUUUAUUCAUUCCAAUACUAAUUUUAUUACUAAUUAUUUCUUUUUUCAAUAUUAUUGUAUGUAAUCUGAUUUAUAAUAUAUAUAUUUAUUAUUCAUAGCACAUCAAUUUAAAAUAACUGAAUAACCAACUAAAGUAAUGUAAUGUAUUAAAAAUUGUUUAAUGUUAUAAAUAUUAAAUUUCCAGGUUUUUAGACUAGUUAUAUAAUUAUAUUAGCUACCAUAAAACUUGUGUACAUUUUAAUUGCAUAUUAAUAUUGUAUUUAGACCAUAAUCUAGUCUGAAUAUAUUAUUUUAGUUGGUCUUUUUUCUUAACUGAGCUUAUAGUUAUUAUUUUAUUAUUUCAUUGUUUUUAAUCGCGUUCUCAAUCAUCCAGGGUUUAAGAUAAACACCAGUUAUAAGUAAAAUAGGUAUACCUGUUCAAACUUGAUGAGUAUUUUCCAAAUAUUGUGUGCUCUGCUAUCCUUCACAAUCUUAAUUUUAUAGAUAUUCAUUUAUUAAACUUCUAAAUUAUAACUAUAACAUAAAAGACAAUUUUGAGUAUUUAUAUUUCAUUUGGAAAACCUUGGAUUUCAUUGAUCUUAAUUAAUUUUUUUAUCAAAUAAUUGAAAACUUUAUUUUAUUCAUUCAAGACAUAGUUUUAUGUUAACAUACAUGUUUGCACUAUGAAAUAGAAAUAGGUCCAAUCCUACUCAUAAGACAAAUUUUUUCUAAACUAAAAAAACAUUGAUCGAACAAUUCCUUAUUCAUGUACUGUUUCAAUCUGGCAUAAUAUUCUAUGAUCAUUCAUAUUUAUUUAUUUAAAUAUUAAUUAAAUGGUCAUAGUCUCUGUAUAUUGUACCUGUACGUAUGACGCACAAUAAUAUUCUUGUGAUAACGAACAAACAUAAUCAUUUAUAACUUCUGUUAUUACAAAAUUUGUACAAUCACACAAGGUACUCAUUUAUAGUUAUUGUGACUAAAAUACUAUAGAGUAAAAAUUAAAGUUCUUUAUUCUUUUGUUCUUAUAAACAGCAUUUUUUGACACUAAAUAAAAUUGAUGUUUGUAGCUUAGAAAAAUUUAGCAUUUACCUAAAUAAAAUAAUUUUUUUUUUUUAAUUAUAAUAAUUAUAAUAUAUGUAUUUCAACUUGUUAACAAUUUUCAAUUCUAAUAGUUGUUUAAUAAAUAUUACUUAACAAACACAUAAUUGUAAGGAUGUGCAAAUACAUAUAAAUAAAAAAAAAUGUUUAUAAAUAUAUAUUUAAAUAUAUAUAUAAAUAAUUCUGUGUAUGUAUUUAUUAAAGAAUUACAGAAGUGUAAUUAUAGGUACCAUUUAUGCAUUUAUAUAUAUUUAACAUAUAAGUGUAGGCCAAUAUUUAGUAUAAUAUUCAUUUAUGGUAUGAGCCCUUAUUCAUUUAAUAUUGACAACAUUAAUUAAUUUAAAAUAAAAUUUUUUGAGUAAUUGUUUACUUUUAUUUAUUUUAUGCUUAUAAAUAAAAAAAAACAAAUCAUUGGAACCAAUUUUUAGACAAUAUUAUUAUUGGUAGAAUAGUAAAAUUUUCAUUGGUGGUUUAAUUAUUUAUUUUACUAUUACAUUUUUUUCUUUUAUUUUUUUUACAUAUUUUUUCUUAAACGUGUAAAUUUUAAUAUUAUUUAUUUAUUUUCUAUCUAAUUAUACAUUAAAAAACAACCAAUUCAAAUUGCAUUUAAAGAAAAGGAAAACUUUAUUGUAUUUGUACUGAUAAUAUGGUUUUAUAUAUUAGAACCGUUAUGAUCUUCUUAAUAAACAUAUGUAUAUUGUGUUCUGUGUGUUGUUCAAACCAGAGGACCAAUUUAAUUACGCAAAACUUAUUAAGUGUGUUCUCUAAUCGUACUGUAUAAUAUUGCAUUCUAUUUAUUGUUAAACCCAUUUUAAUGAUUUAUUGUUUAUAUAAUCUUAUUUUAUAUGUCUGUAUACAUACAUAUAUUAUUUUUAUUUAUCAAUGUAUUGAUUAUUUUAUUAUUUAUUAUUAUUAUUUAUUUUUAUUUUUUACCUAGUUUAGAUUCUAAAAGCAAUUAAUUUGAAAUAUAUAUUGAACCGAAGUUACUAAAGAAUGUGAAUUAAUAACAAUAAUAAUAAUAAUGAUAGUUCAUUUUAUGUUUUAUUUUAUAAAAUAAUCAAACAACUAGUAGGAGUGUCAAAUGUACGGCACAAACUAGUGCACAAACACCCUACUGUAGUUAAUUUUUUUUUUAUGUUAUAUAAAAUAUCUUAUUAUUUUGUAAUUGAAAUUGCACUCGCAGAGAGUGUACAACUGCGAUAUAAGUUAAUAUUUCUAUAUGUCUUGUAUUAAUUACACAAGGUGUUUUAUUCUUAUUUUUAAAUGUUUAUUUAACUAAAUAUUUCAAUUAUCGUAAAAAAAAGUGUCGCAUUAUUCCUUUCACUUUGAUCACUAUUUAUCAUUGUAAUAUAAAUUCUAUAUAAAACA